CGGCUUUGUUUGUGUCUGCAAACAAAUAUUAAUCGGAUUUCUUCGGGAGUUUCCGCCCAGCUUUGUGUCCAAACAUGGCUGCUGCCGCCUGUCUGCUGACUGAAGAUCAGUUUCUGUGCGCCAUGUGUCUGGAUGUGUUCACCGAUCCGGUCAGCACGCCGUGUGGACACAACUUCUGCAAACACUGCAUCACUGAACCCGUUGACGCCGACGUCCCGUUCCAGUGUCCCGUCUGCAUGAAGAUGUUCUACCCAAAGCCCGAGCUGCAGGUCAACACUCUGAUCUCUGAGAUGGUCGAUACCUUCAGACGGGCAGAGCAACGGCCAGGUAGACAGGAAGAAGCUCUCCUUGGGUUAGACUUAAAACCACUGCCGCUGCUUCUCUGUGUGGUGUUUCUUUCAUUACUUUGGGACUGCGUGAAAUUCAAUCAUCCUCUGGAGGAAAUGAGUAAAGGAGAGAAACUGGGGAAGAUGGAGGCUGAAAUCCAGCAGACGAUCGAGGAGAUGCGACUGAAGAUUGAGGAGCUCAAACGCUCAGUGGAGCUCGGUAAAGAGGACGCAGACAGAGAGAUGACAGAUGGUGCUCGGGUCUUUGCUAUGAAGGAGAAACUACCCAAGAUGCUCGCCAUGGCCAAGCUGAGGAGGGCCCAGAGCUACGCAGUGGACGUGACACUCGAUCCAGACACAGCAAAUGCUUACCUCUUCCUGUCUGAUGAUGGGAAACAAGUACAUGAUACCUAUAGGGAGAAAGCUCUUCCCUACAACUCAGAGAGAUUUUUUUACAGUGCUGCUGUUUUAGGAAAACAGAGUUUCUCUUCAGGCAGAUUUUAUUUUGAGGUUCAGGUUGAAGGAAAGGGCGAGUGGACUUUGGGAGUGGCCAGAGAGUCGAUCAACAGGAGGGAAGACAUCACACCGAGACCUGCAGCCGGUUUCUGGACCGUAGGCCUGAGUAAUGGAAAUAAAUACAAAGCUGGCCCUGAUGUCGCUCUCUCGCUGCAGUCUGCUCCUAAGAAGGUGGGGGUGUUUGUGGAUUAUGAGGAUGGCCUGGUCUCCUUUUAUGACGUUGAUACUGCAGCUCUGAUCUACUCCUUUACUGGCUGCUCCUUCACUGAGAAACUCUACCCAUACUUCAGUCCUGGACUGGAAAAUGAUGGUUGGAACUCUGCACCUCUGAUCAUCACCCCCGUCAAUUAAAGAGGGCUCAUUCUGCUUUUCUGUCUUUACUUUCAUCAACAACAGGCGAUUCUGAUAUUCACCUUCAAUUGACAGACUUUGGCUAUUUAUACUAAACCUCACCAGCAAGAUCCCAGGACCUCCAUCACUCAGACUUGGAGGUGCUGACGCUCGUAGCGCCACGUUCAUGUUGAACGUCACUCUCCUCACCUCGACUACACACUUGAUUAGCACAAACACAAUCUGAGACAAGGCAUGACCCUGCCUGAGUCCAGAUCAACCAGGGCCAUGCCUUGGUCCAGGAUCUUCCAAUAACAUGAUGAUGUGAUUGCUAUUAGAAUUCCCAGCAGUCAUGUGCCCACUGAGCUUCACCAGCUCAACAUCACCACUGGGUCCACCAGCACUGGAUGAAAGGAUGAAUUUAGUACAUUUACUCUAGUACUUCACUGAAGUAAAGUUUUAAUGUACUUGUACUUUCUUUGAGUAAUCCUCUGUAUUUUGGGUGAAAAUACUGUAUUUUUUCCUCUGUGUGUGUAACCAGACCCUAACUGACUAAAUGUCGGACAAGGUGUGUGUUUGUGUGUAUUUUCCAACUUUCUUGCCACAAUAAACAAA